UGGAACCACAAAACCUUAUUGGUGUUCUACCCUCUUCGUACACUCAAACCAAAGUGAGGCGAGCGCACCCUCCCGGUCGCAGCCGCCGCCGCGUAAAGAUGAAAGCCAUUGGAAGCGGCGGCGAGUGGUGGUGGAACCUCCCGUCUCUCCGCCGCAAGCAUGACCUCCGACGCCGCGGCCGCCGCAACCACGAUGCUCGCGGCCGCCGCCGCGGGCCGCCGCGGGAGCCGCUCUCGUCGUCGUCGGAGUCCGCCGGCCAAAGCCCUGGGUGGCCCCUCGACUUCCCGUUCAAACAGGCCGUCACCGCCGCUUGUCUCACCCUCACUGGUGACACAAUUGCGCAGGUCCACCGCCGCAUCGUCGACCGCCGAAACCGCAGUCCCGAACCUGACAGCAAGGCUUUGGUACCAGAUCUAUUGCUGAAUCAUGAUUGGCUUCGUGGGCUUCGUAUAGCUUCUUAUGGAUUUCUUCUCUAUGGUCCUGGCUCUUAUGCAUGGUAUCAGUUCCUUGAUCAGUGUAUGCCCAAACAGACAUUCGCAAGUCUAUCCACUAAGGUCAUACUUAACCAGAUAGUGCUUGGUCCUUGUGUUAUUGCCGUAAUUUUUGCCUGGAACAACUUAUGGUUAGGCAAAUUGUCAGAAUUGCCAUCCAAAUAUCAACAUGAUGCCCUUCCCACACUUCUCGAUGGGUUUAAAUUUUGGAUCCCUGUAUCGAUCAUCAACUUUGGGAUGAUUCCUUUGUCUGCUCGUGUUGGCUUCAUGUCCUCUUGUGCCAUUUUUUGGAACUUUUAUUUGUCGACCACAAUGAACAAGUGAACUUCUAGUUCAUCUUCAGACUUCAGAAUCAUUCAACUGCAACAGGCAAGGAUCUGAAAGAGCUUUUUUCGGCAUGCACAACAGUUUGUGUGGUUCUAAAACCAAAAAGUCUGCACGUCUUAUUGUGUAGAUUCAUUCAACUGCAACUGAGGAGGAUCUGAAGGAGACUGUUCGGUCUUUGGCAAUUCUGGUGGUGGUCUCUCUGAAUUGACAGACGCUGCUCGGAUGAUUCGCAAGCAUGACAUCGAGCAGAAAUUACAGUUUUCUCUAAUCAUGUACGAGCAUGUAGCUCUAAUUUGACAAGAGAAGUGCUCUAAUUUAGUAUAUUUGUUCAGUGAACUUUACUUCUAUGACAAUGAGUCAAGGACAAAUUGCUGAAGGCCUCUGAACACCUACGCAUUUUUGUAAGCGCUAUUUUUCAAGAGGAACAUAAUAUGAAUUCUUUUCUGGAAUUUUGAA